AUGGAAAAUCAUAUGUGUUUUUAUCCGAAAUGCGCUCAAAAAGCCAAGCUUUUUUGUAAGUGCACUUCUCCACACACCCUUAUUUGCAAGGCUCACAUUAUUAAGCAUUCAAAAUCAUCUGAGCUUUCUCAUGAUAUUCAGCCGCUUCUUGCAGAAGCAAACUCUCAAACCAAACAAGCCAUAAUCAAAAUUUUAGUUGAAAAAAAGUUAAAAAUCAAUGAAAUAAAGCUAGAAUCCCUAACCUCCCUAAUAAUAAGCAAUUUUUGCUUAAUCAUACUUUUCAAAUGGUAAAACUAAUAUAGAUCGAAAAUUACUAUUAAUGAGAUUUUUAGAUAAAAAAAGAAACAUACAUUUACCUCCUAAUGGUAAGCAAUUUUCGAUCUAUAUUAAAUUUACUAUUUAAAAAUUCUUGUAAAACCUCCACAAAUAAGAAAUUGCUUAUUACUAAUGGGAGAGUGAGGAUCUUUUUUCAAUUAAUUUUGAAUUUGAGAAAAACAUUAAAUGAUAAUUUGCAAAUUUUAGAUGACGAAUUUAUUUAUACAGAUAACCAGCUUUGCUCAGUUAUAAGUGCCAACAAGAUUUCCAAGCUUGAAACUGACAAUUUGCUUAAGCAUCUAACAUUAGAUCUAAAUGAAGCAAUCCAAAGUUUGGAAUUUCUGAAUUGCGAUCAUGAUAUAAAAUUAAAUAAAAUCCUUACAGCUAAUACCUUUGCAGGAGAAAUUAUUGAAGAACUCAAUGCUUUUACUGCUUCAAGUGAAAGGUCUUCAAAGACUAGGCUAAAUCGAAAUAAAGAAAGUAAAAGCUGAUCAGAUAAAUCUACUGAAGAGCUAGAAAAAUGAGAAGAAUUUAUUAAAUCGUGGGAUGAAGACUGUAAAUCGAAUCCAAGCAGUGCUUAUUACUAUUUUAAACGAGGUAUUAUAUAUCAUAUUCUCUGCCGAAAUAAAGACGCGCUUGAAAAAUUUAACUUUGCAUUGAAAUUGAAGCCAGACUAUAAAGACGCUCAAUAUUAUAAAGCAAUAGUUCUUAACAAUCUAAACAAAAAAGAAGAAGCCAUUUCUUGCUUUACUGAGCUUUCAAGGCUUGCUCCUCAAUACUCAAUUGUGCACUUAAGCAAUGGCUUGAUACUUGAAGGCCUAAAUAGAGGAGAAGAUAGUAUUUCUAGCUACAAUAAAUUCAUAGAGCUGAAUCCUGAUAAUAUUUUUGGCUAUUACUAUAAAGCUGAAGCCCUAAAACGCUUAAAAAGGUUCGAAGAAGCCAUUGAUUGCUGCAACAGAGUAGUCAGAAUAAAUCCACUUUUUAGCAGUGCAUAUGUAGAAAAAGGUUUUUCUUUGGAAGAAUUAAACCGUAAAGAGGAUGCACUGAAAUGCUAUAAAGAAUGUAUCAAAAUUGACCCAAACCAGUAUCAUGCAUUCAAUAACAUUGGGAUUCUUUAUGAUAGUCAUAAUCAUGGGUGGAAAGCACUUGAAUAUUAUAAUAAUGCUAUUAAAAUCAAUCCUGAAUUUCCAGUAGCCUUUUAUAAUAAAGGAGUAUGUUUAAGGUCUUUAGGGAAAGCACAAGAAGCCCUAGAGUGCUUUAGGGAAGCUAUGAGACUUGAUAAGGAUGAAAAAGAGGCAAGGGAAAUGAGCAAUGAGAUUCUUGGAGAAAUUAAGAGAAAAACUAGCCAAAUCAAUUAUGAAUUGAGUUAG